GAAGAUGUGGUGGAGAUAGAGUAUGUGGAGAGGUUCACCGCUCCCCAACCAGAGGAGUGUAUGAUGCAUGAUGACUGGAUCAGCUCAGUGGAGGCAGACUCUGAAUGGAUCCUGACGGGUUCCUACGAUAAGACGGCCAGGAUCUGGUCUCUGGAGGGCAAGGCUGUGAUGACGGUGGCCGGACACACGGACGUGGUGAAGGACGUGGCCUGGGUCAAGAGAGAUGGCCUGACCUCCCUGCUGCUCACGGCCUCUCUGGACCAAACCAUUCUGCUGUGGGAGUGGAACUCUGAGAGGAACAAGCUGAAAGCUAGACACUGUUGCCGUGGACACGCUGGGAGUGUUGACACUAUCGCCACGGAUCCCACACGCACUAAGUUCUGCAGUGGUUCCUGGGACAAGAUGCUGAAGAUCUGGUCUGCAGUGGCCACAGAGGAGGAAGAGGAGGAGGUAGAGGAGCCUCCCAGCAGACCCAGAAAGAAGCAGAAGACUGAACAGCUGGGACUGACCAGGACACCCCUCAUGACUUUGUCUGGUCACAACGAGGCAGUGUCGUCUGUCCUCUGGUUGGACAGCGAGGAGAUCUGCAGUGCAUCCUGGGACCACAGCAUCCGCCUCUGGGACGCCGAGACCGGAAGCAUGAAGACCACACUGACGGGCAGUAAGGUGUUUAACCACAUCUCCUACUCUCCACUGUCUCGUCGCCUGGCCUCUGGCAGCACUGACAGACACAUCCGGCUGUGGGACCCUCGCUCCAAAGACGGGUCGUUGGUGUUGCUGUCUCUUACCUCUCACAGCGGCUGGGUCACAGCGGUGAAGUGGGCUCCUUCCCAUGAGCACCAGCUGGUGUCUGGUUCCCUCGACAACCUGGUCAAACUCUGGGACACCAGGAGCUGCAAGGCCCCUUUGUAUGAUGUGUCUGCCCACGAGGACAAGGUGCUCUGUGUGGACUGGACUGACAGCAGGUUGAUUUUGAGUGGAGGAGCUGACAACAAACUGUACACAUACAGAUACACAGCCUGCGAGACAGACGCUGGAGCGUAGACUAGACAGACCGGAGACAGACGCUGGAGCGUAGACUAGACAGAUAUAGCACCUGUGUUUUUAUUGGAUGUUAUUGAAAUGCGGUAUCCAGUCUGUGAUUAUUCUGAAUGAUAAUUUGUUUGGUUACUCUUUAUUUCUCUGAUGUAUUGCCUGUUGAUUAAAGCCUUUCCUGAUGUA